CAUCAAAUAAAGCUAGCAACAAAAUCAUUAUAUGAUUCAUGCCUUUUCAUCCUUCAAUAGUAACUCUUACCUGAGAUUAACACAAACAUGAGAAAAGUGUGAAAAGUACAAAAUUUUCGAGGUUUUACUUUACUCUUAGAGCUUAAAUUGUAUCUUCCUUAAUAAUCGGCCAUGGAUAAAAUCCUACCUGGACUUUAUCUGGGUGGAGUUCGUGAUUCCCGUGAUGCUGAACAACUUCGUCUAAAUGGCAUAACCCAUGUAAUAUCUGUCCAUGAAAAUCCAAAUUCAUCUCAUUAUCAGAGUCAAAUUUGUGAAUAUCUUUGCAUCAAAGCUUCAGAUGAACCAGAUCAAAAUUUAAGCCAAUAUUUCAGUCUUACCAAUGAAUUUAUUCACUCUGCUCGACUCAAAGGAGGAAAUGUACUCAUACAUUGUCUUGCAGGUAUAUCACGAUCAGUUACAAUUGCAAUCGCUUAUAUCAUGUCCGUUACUACAGUCACCUGGAAGGAAGGCCUGAAAUGUGUUCGAGCAGCUCGUCUUUUGGCUCAACCCAAUCAAGGUUUCAUCAAGCAGCUUCAAGACUUUGAAAAAACUGGUAAACUCAGACAUGAAAGAAAACGGUUGAAUAUUAAAUUCACUGAGUACUCAGGUUUAAUGGAGACUGAUGAAGAGCAAGUUACUCGACUGAUUAAGCGCUACAAUUCACUCGGACCGGUUAAGUACCUAUCAGUUGAAGAUUUAUUGAGAGUGACCCAAUAUAAUUCAUUUGAAGAAAGGAAACCCAAAUUUUACGAGUCACCAAAAAGGAAAUCAAAAAAAUCUAAAGAAUCCGGAAUUUACGCGUUUACAUGAUUAUCAAAAGUCAAUGUCUUAAAGCUUUACAGAUUAACUUAAUGUGAGAUUUAUUCAGACAAACUGUGAAACAUCAAAAUUUAUUGCAUAAAUAAUCAUGUCUUCAUCGUACAAUUACAUGGGUACAAUAUUUUAUAAUUUGUGUAUAAAAAUGUAAAAAGAUGUUCAAUUGUACAAAAAAUUGAAUUAUUUAAUGUGUAAAGAACCAACAUCUUUAACGAUAACUGGAAAUAAUUUGAAUUUUGGAAAAUUAUAAGACAAAAAACUGGUGAUUUAAUUAAAAAUAAAGCGAUUCUGGAUGAUUUCAGAUCAAAAUAAAAGCGGAAAGUGAACAAUCAAUUAAUAGUCCGUUAAGAUAGUGAUGAUAGUGAUUUUGUUAUUCAGUACAAUUACAAUCUAAUAUUGAUAUUCUGACAAGCUAAUGGCAGUAAAUUUGGUUAUUAGCAACAAUACCUUGUUUCCAUCAGUAUAUCAGUGAAACCCUUUUUACACUUACCAAUUUUCAACUAUUUUACGGGCCAUUCGCCAUUUUAAUUAGCACCUAUCAUCUUUGAUUAUUAGCAAAUUAUCAUCAACUAAACUGAAUGAUAAAGAAAGGCAAUAAACAAUUAAAAUAUUAAUAAUAUAA